CUUUGCGUUUUUGUUGGUCGUCGUCAUCAUCAUCACAACGUCGCUGCCGUCGUUUUGGUUGCAUGUUUUGGGCUUGUAUGAAUUUUCAGCAGAAACAACGAUCACACUCGUAUACUGACUAUUGAACGGUAAAUGUGUACGUCGUCGUUGGUACCGUGGUCAAGAUAGUCUCUCGCUUGUAUUUUUAUUUGUUUGGGCUUAAGUAGUGAGCCUGUCCCCCUUCUACUACCUUUCAAAUACAACAGCCUGAAUGAACGAACAUCGUUCGUUUUACUGCUAAAAAAUAAUUAAUGCCAAGCGCGUAAACAGCAACAAUAAACAAAAAAAUAAUACCAACAAAAGUAAAAGCAAAUAAAAAGAUAAAUUUAUUAUUUAUUAAACAAAACAACGCGUCGUGAAAUUUAUUAAAUGUGUUGUGAAUGAAAAAAAGAGAAAUAUUACUAUGAAAUGAGAAAUAUUAAAAAUAGUUACCAACACAAAGCCAAAAGAUUAAUAAAUUAAUUAAAAUUCCACAAAAUCCACCUUUCAUUAACAAAAAAAAAAAGUCCACAAAAGCCAUCAUCAAAGUCCAAAAAUCAAACACAGCCCUGGCUGUGAAAAACGAGGCUUCUACUUGUGUGUAAGCAACGCAGUCACUGUUGUAUGGUGGCCUGCUGGCUAUAAGAUUGUGUGUGCGUGUGUGUAUAAAUGUGUAUUUGCCAUACAGCACUCUUAUAAGGCAAAGAAGAAGAAGCAUCAAUAUAUAACAACAACAGCAACACCAACAAAAACAAUAAGAAUGCAGUUACUGGUUACUUGAAUUGUGUGUUUUUGUUUUAUUUGUGUGGUGUGAAGAGCGCAGCACAACUAUACACAGUAGUGUAAAAGUGACGUGUGUGUGCGCGAGAGAGUAUGCCAAAGAGAGAGAAACAGAGCUACUCAUUUAUUAAGCAAGCAUAACAAUCAGAAGAAAAAGAAAAACGAAGAAAUUCAAUUUAAAAAGAAAAUUAAACAAAAUCCAAGAAAAUUUUGUCAAAAAAACCUAGGCAGUUUAUGGAUUAUGCCUAGCAAAAUGUGUUUAUAUUGAAAAAUAAAGGAAUUAAAUACAAAACAAAUCAAAACCAAACAUAAUCAUUAGCGUAGCAUCCAUCCCCCCAACAAAAAUUUUGUGUCAACACUCAUUGUCAUUAUGUCGGCCGACAUUGAGAUUACCAGUGUUUUGGGUGCCAAUGGCCAGCCAUUACCCAUUCACGGCACCGGUUUGGGUUCAACAUGGUCAGCACCGGUCAAACAAGAGCGUGCCGAUGAAUCUGAAAUACAAGAAUUGGCGGCCAAAAUGAAAGAGGCCCAAAAAGAUGCCCUGGCCAAGCAACAACAACAGGCUGCCCAAUUGGCCUCGCGACAAGCCAUGGUCAAUGGCCAGAUGCAACCACCUGUCAAUGCAAAUGGGGGUGGUCAAACAAAUAUCCUCAACUACUUAAAUCGCCAACAAAAACCCGCCAAUGGAACAACAGCAACAAAUGGUCGUUCGUCCAGCACAGAUGACAACAAAAAGGCACCCUGUGAUGAAGAGUCGCAAAAGGGCCACUUUGGUUGGACGACCUUUGGGAAAACUUUCAUACCCUACAUCUAUCGGCAAACGGAAAAAUACUGUUCCGUGCGGAUGAUUGAACUGAAACUGCUGGGCAAAUAUCUAAAUUGCCUACAUCCGGAUAUCUAUUCCAGUUGCACUUGUGUACGUUCCUAUUACAUUACCGAGGCUGAGGCUAGACUCUUCAUCGAAAUCAAUCACAAACACUGCGAUGGUGAAUUUGGUCGCGACAUGUUUACGCAAAAGGAUUUGGUGGUGCGACUCUCGGAUGCCACAAAAUUCUAUCAAUUUUUGGAUAUUUGCUAUCGCAAACUGAUAUCGGGUAGCAAAUCGCCCUCCGAGAAAUGUGGUUUUAUACGCAUCAACAAAGAAUCGGUAGUUCCUUAUACGGUACGCAACGGCGAACAGGUGGUGCCGUUGUUCUAUUUCGAAGGUGAAACGGAAAAUUUAAGGCAAAAAGCGGAUCUAUUAUCCGGUUGGGAUUUGGCCUAUUUGAAAUUCUGUUGCAAGGUCCAGGGUAUACGCAACGAGUUGUUUUCCAGUGAGAAUGUUGCGGUCAUUAGUUUGACGGACAUUAAAAGUUACUUUCCCAAUGGCACAGAAUUUGAGGAUUAUUGGCCAAGUAAGGUGGUGGAUUCGAAUCUGCUAAUUGGAAAUAGAUCAAAUGCCAAUAAUUCGGUGAAUUGGACACGGCAGCCAUCACAGCCACCGCCAAAGGUAUUGAAUCAGCCAACACUGCAACAAAAGCAACAGCAACAUUCCACGGCAGCAGCGGCGGCCCAUCAUCAACAGGUUAUGAAGCGGGGAACAGCUGCCAAUGCAGCAGCCGCUGCCGCCUAUAAUAAUGCCCAAAAUAUUUUGCAACAACAGCCGAAUGCGGCAGCAGCCGCAGCUGCCCAGCGCAUGCAUUCGAAUGCAGCACUGGCGGCACAGGCCACAGUACAGGCAUUAACAAAUGGUCCUUGGAUGUCACAACAACAAAACAAUCUACCUUUAAUACAUGCUCAAAUGUUAGCUUCACAGGCCCAACAAACACAUGCCGCCAAUUCCCGCAAUCAAUAUCGCAAUCCCAUGGAUAAUCUCAUGUUAAACAAUCGCCAACCCUAUGGGGCAUAUAAUAAUGCGGCGAUUUCAAUGCAACCGGUUAAUUCACAUGGUCAAGGCAAUGCUCCGCCACCAUUGGUUCGUUCAGCGGGUGGCCAGAAUGCCAAUCACAUGUCUAGUGUCGAGCAAACGUUGCUGCAACAACAACAACAACAACAAACACAACAAACGAGACCAUCCCCCAAUACAACACAACCAAGACAUAUAAACACAUCCCUUAACCCCAUUGUCCCACCCGCCGUCGCCGCAGCCGCCACAUCGCCCCUCGCCUCUGCGGCAUCGACCAGUGCCAAGGUGGUUUCUUCAUUACUUUCAAGUAAUUUCAAUUUGGCCUCUUCGGCCCCAUCCACCGCUCAAGAUUACAACAAUUUGGCAUUGUGGAAUCAAUUGACUCCGGCCCAAAGACUAUUGUUGACACAACAGUUCAAAAAUACCGGUGGCCUUUUGCCACCGGGUAAAAGUCCAUUUCCUCCGCUACCCUCAUUGCCAUUGGAUACGGAUUUGAUUACCAUGUUGGAUUAUAAUCCAAACAAGUCUUCCGCAAAAUCUAACACUGCCUCUGCUGGCAAUGAAAGUUCUAGAAGUAAUGGACAAUUUACAAAACCCCAUGUGCCUCCGCUAAUACCGGUGAAUGCCUUAGAUGCUCAGCGCAAAGCAAAUCGUUCUGCUGGUGGUAGCACACCUUCGCAUCCCAGUAGCGGUGGUGGUGGUGGCGGUCCGGCUACAGUACCUCUGAAUUCAUCGGCCGCCUUAGAAGAAUUCGAAAAGAAAUUCAAAAUGAACGAUGAAAUGAGGGCUGUUGUCCAAAAGGUGUUGUCCAAUCCGGAUUUGUCGACUUUCAUACAGACGAACGCCUCACAGACCUUUGUGCCUUUUAUAUCGCCACCCAUAUCGCCAGCCAAUGGCGGUGUCCAAUUGCCGGGUACCUCCGUGUCAAUUGUGCCCAAUCCCCAUGUUACAAUAACGCCUCAGCUGCCACCUCACUUCCAACACAGCAGCACGGCCCACUCGCCAAGUUCAGCCUCAUCGUCGUCCUCCUCUUCGGCCUCUACACCGAAUAGUAAUCGGCAAAAGAGUGUAAUAUGUUCGACAACGGCGGUGGCGCCCAACGUGGGGUUGGGUUCACCUUCACCCGGACGUACGAAACCAUCCUCUAUGACCACAACAAAUUACAAUUACCAAACACAACAACAACAUCUUUCUUCCUCCUCUUCCUCUUCUACUACUACACCCACACCAAUGGAAGUAAUCGAUUUAUCUUCCCCCCGAAGGUCUCUGCAUGCUGCCUCAGCCUACUUGCAACAACAGCAGCAACAGCAACAACAACAAGCGGCCGCAGUAGCCGCCGCCCAGCAACAACAACAGAAUCAACAACAAAGACUGGCAGCAGCCGCUGCAGCCCAUCACCAGCAGCAAAAUGGUCGGCAAUCGUCAAAUUCCUCGGCGGCGGCCCAACAACAGGCCGCAGCCAAUUCGGCCAGCCUUCACCUGCAGCGGCAUGCUGCAAUGGCGGCAGCAGCCGAUAACUCACAGCGGUUGAAUAUAAUACCGGAAAUACCUGCCAACAAUCUCAACGUCCAGCCGUACAAGGUGCAGAAGGUCAAUGUGGAGAUUGCCCUGGUGCCGUGUAUAAACAUGAAGGCCUACAAUGAUUCCGAGCAACUGAUGACCCUAACCGAUUUCCAUAACUACUUAUUCCCCACGGUUCCGCUGGAUCAGUGCAAGCGGCUGAUUGAGGCCUUGGGCGUUGAGCUCUACAAGGGAAAUAGACACCAGGUCAAGGUUCUGAUGGAACACGAUCGCACCUACAAUGAGAACAUCCCCCUCGUCCAGGUGCGUGACAUUCUGAAGUACAUGACCCAGAUUAUGUUCAUGAUAAGAAAUCAGGAUAAGCCACCAAAUAAACGUGCUCGCAUAAGCUAGGAAU